GAUAUGGCACCUCUAUGGCUAACAAUUUAAAUAUCUAGGUAUCCGUUAAUAUUGUCAUUAUGAUGACGUUAUAUAUGAUAUCACAGGACAUUAUAUAGAUAAUUUUUGAUGUAAAACUAAAGAAAAAUAUUAAGUAAUUAAUAAAUAAGUGUACAAAGCAAACAAAAAUAUAUUUUUUGCACUUUGCAAUCAAAAUGCAGAAUUUUUCUGAUGAAAGUGCAUUGCCGAUAAAGACAAUAGAUUUCAGAAAUAUCCCUGUGGACACCGUAGCAGAAAAAAAUAUUUCAAUCGAAAAUAAGUCGGAAAAAACGCUUACAUAUCGUGUUUCACUUAUGUAUGCAUUGAACAGCAUAGAUCACGUAUUUAAACUGUCCAUCACAUCGACACCAGUUAAACCAACUGAUUGCGCUGAAGUCAGGAUCUUAUUUCGACCAAAUAUAACCGGACAGUCUUUCACUGAUUAUUAUGUCAUAGAUGACACCGACGGAAAUAUUUAUAGAUUGACUGUCACUGGGAAAUGUUAUGGUCCAGAAGUGAUACUGAACAAAAAGAAAUUGAUGUUCAGAAUAUGCAAAAACGUGUCAGAACAUAGAAGGGCAGUUGUUAAGAUUAUAAAUAAGUCUGCUGUGGAUACUACUUAUCAAUGGCUUUUGCCAAUAUACGGACAAGGAUAUUUUCAAAUAUCUACAGGCAACUGUGGACUUAUCAGAGCAUUUGAAACAAUAACUACCACGGUACUAUUUACUGGUACAGCUCUUGGAGCUUAUAUAGCAGAGAUGGUCUGUUUAGUGUUGAAUCAGGAACCAUUAUUUUUAAAUGUGUUAGCCACUGUAGUGUUACCUGGUAAUCCUUUAUCCAACAUCAACGACCAUGUCUUCGAAAUGAAUUGGAAACGUAAAAGCCGUUAUAUGCAUCUUAUGGAGAACAGCCUUAAACGUUUAAUUUAUAUACCAUCGGCUUCAGUUUUCGAAAGAUAUCUCGAUUUUGGAACGGGUAGUAUAUCGGAUAUAACUUUGAAUAUAUCUCAAACACUAAGCGUUACUAAUCACGAACAAGAGGAAGGUUGUAUUCAGUGGAUGGCAGAUCCAGACAAUAUAUUUUUAAUAGAUCCCAUCGACUCUGUAAUUCCCCCAAACGAAUCUAGACUCUUCACUAUUAGAUUUAGGCCAAAAAUGGAAAACGAAGUAUACGGAUAUUUGAUGUGUGGUGAUUUUCAAUAUAAAAAGUUCGAUGGAGAACAUUCAGAUGUAAUUAAAAUGAAGCACACGUGGUUCCGCAUACCGUGUGUCGGUAAUACAUGGUUACCGUGCACUGAAUGGACCACGGACUGGGAAUGUCCGUCUGAGAUAGUCUUACCACCAACAGUACCAGCAAGAACUACUUUUUCCAACUUUAUGCUAGCAAAUAAAUUGGAAAUACCAAUGUACUUUAAAUUCGAAGCACCAUACUCUACGAAUUUCGUAGUGAUGCCUAUGUGCGGUAUUGUACAGAGUAGAGGAUGGCAAAUUAUUUCUGUUGCUCUGGAACCGAAGUCUUGCGGUAAUUAUUAUGAGACAUGGGACCUCAUAAUAAAUAAAGUUCAUAAGGCUCGAAUUUGCUUAUCUGGUAACGCCGAAGUCAGUCAAGUAGAGCUGAUGUCCCAUGGGUAUAACCCAUCCACACACGCCGUGUAUGAGUUCCCACCCACCAUCACCGACUGCACCAACUACUGUACAGCUUAUUUGCAUAAUCUGACUAGGAUGAAUUUGCAUAUAAGAGUGCUAAACAGCGUUCCUUGGCUUGGUGCGGAUAACAGUGGAACAAUAGUGCUCCCUCCAAAAGAAAUAAUCAAAUACCACUGGUGGUUUUUCCCAAAAACUCCAAAUAAAGUGUACGAAACUACAGUUACAUUUUCAUGCAUCUGUUUAAUUAAUAAUAAGCCAGUUGGCGAACCUACGGAAAUAUUUAUUCACAUAAAAGGAUUUUCGGAAUUACCAGAUUUGAGGGUUAUACCAAAAACGAUUAAUCUGCACGACAUAGUCGUAGGUGAUAGCUUACCUUUCAACGUUACGCUUUAUAACUACGGAUCAUGCUUUUUUACGUCUAGAUUAUUCCAUACAAUCGACGGUAUGGGGGAUGAUUUCAGUGCGGAUAGACUUGAGAUAAAUUCUACAGUUAACAGUCUCAAGCCAUCCAGUCGAUGCGAAGUUGCAAUGACUGUGAUACCCGCCGGUGCUGGGCCUCGUCAAAUAGACAUCAAAUAUACUGUACUGUUUCGUACCGAGUAUGAAGAAAUAGAUGAGAUUCAGCCUAUACAAAAAACUAUUUGUACUAUUUGGUACGACGGGAUAUACCCCACUAUUAAGGUAAAACGUACAAUAUCUGUGAAGUGUCCCGUGAUAUUGAGCAACCAUUGUGUUUGGAACAUUUUCAAUGUUAAUGAACUAAACAAGGCCUUAAUGGACUGUCGGCCAAAUAAGCCCAUGUCCGUUAAUAUAUAUGCACCUGAUUUGUGCGUGCGUAAUGAAAACGUAGAAUUUAUAUUCGUUCUGGGUUGCGUGUACAACGUGCCGGUACCCUGGAACUUACGCAGAGAGAAAAUAUGCGACUGCGAAAUGAUUCAAGUACAGAUUGGUAUAUCUACAUAUGAGAUGAGGCAUACUUGCACACAUCGAUCUUUGGUCGAGUUGUCUCCGCUCAGUGGGAUAGUCACGAAUGAUUGUCCUGGUAUCCUUCAUUUGAAAUUCAAUUACGCCUACGAAGGGCAGACUGUGUUGUGUUACGUGAUGACGUUACCCAACCAGAGAACAAUAAGUUUGUAUCUAAACUUAUACGCCUAUUUGAACUCCAAGGGUGUUUUGACCCCACUCCGACGUCUUGUCGGUAUAGACGACUAUCUAGCAAUAUUGGACUGUGGCAAAGUACCAAUCAAUAAUUUGGAUCCAGUUAUUAGGAUCGUAUGGUUGUACAAUCCGACGGUUGUAUUUACGACGUGGCGACUUUUGAAAGGGAACACAAUAUCCCCGGACUCGGUUAUCCGUUGCCUCCUGUACUUCGCCGAAGUGCCACCGCUCGGCAAACUGGCGAUACCAUUCGCAUUCAUGCCCACUGAAAUGGUUGAUUACGAGGUGACGUUUUAUUGCUCCUUUGGAUACGAUACGGUAAAAAUACUUGUAAGAGGACAAGGCGGUCUUCCAAAUUGUGUAGAAACAAGACUCGAUAUACCAAGUUAUGUUGAAAAAGUUAUCAGAAACGCAUAUAGGAAUGACGUGAUUUAUUUAUCAGUGGAGCACAUAACAAUACCAAUAAUGCCGACACAUUCUCUGUCCCGAGAUAUAUUAUCAAUUUGCAAUGAUACCGAUCGCGUCAUGCGAUUUAUUUGGUUGCCAGAAAGGAUAGCAAAUAUAGUAAACAUAGUAAUGACUCCAUGUUGGGGUGUCAUUCAACCGAAGUGCACAGAAUGGAUAACAAUGACUGUAUACACGUUACAAGAGCCUGCUACGUUCACGACGACAGUAGCAUGCGAAAUUUUGGAUCUGACAGAACGCAAACGCUACCAAAGAAACGAGUCGCUUAGAAGGAACAAAAUCGAAAAGUGCAACCAAGAAUUUAUUAUAACUGAACAUGGAACGUUACAUCCAGAUAUCAAUGAUUCGCCGCCGUACGUUUUGGAUAUUGAGAAACCGCAACCUUUUUAUUUGGCUAUGUCAGUGUCGAUUUCAUCCAAAGGCCAACGUGAUGGCUAUCCUAGAAUGUUAUUAAAACAAAUGUGGGAACAGACACCGCCUUACGAUUUGCUGUCAUCCGAUUUAAAUGAUCAUGGAAAUGGAGACAAAAUUACAAGUGGCAACAAUAUGACCAUGACAGACAUCAUUCGAGUUAUAGACGGGAUAUUAUGGGACGCACUGCAUAGCAAGAUGUUUAGGAACCAAAUAGAGUUUUACGCUAAAGAAGAAAUACCUACAUAUUCACAAUUGGUGAAAAUUAUAGAUGCUGACGUAAAACCACGUUUGAGUAGAAGAGUUACUUCUGGUAUUUGCGACGCCAUUGUGAACAAAGCUGUGUUUCAUAUUUACGGUCUGAACCCUAAACAUGAAGUAUCCAUCAUGGACGCUGAGUGACAUUUAAUAUUACUUAUUAUGUAUUAGAAUAUUAGUUAAUAAAAAAAUAACAAAUAGUCAAUAA